ACGCGCACGUCUGCCGUGCAGAUUGUUCCAGUAAAGCGGGGACGGAGCGCGGCGGCGAGGCGAGGGUUCCGACACGGAGUCUGGCCGCUUGUCAUCUCAUCUCCUCUCCGCGCCGAGAUGCAGGCCCCGAGCCAGCCUCAGGGCCAGAGCCUGACUCCGCACGUGUACUGGGCGCAGAGGCACGGCGAGCUGUUUCUCAGGGUGGAUCUGAGCGAUGUGCAGAAACCUGAUGUCACGAUCUCUGAAAAUACCCUCUUCUUCAGAGCACAUGGCCAUGGAGCAAAAGGAGAUAAUGCCUAUGAAUUCCGCUUGGCAUUCCUGGAAGCGGUGAAUUCUGAGCCGCUGUUCAAAACCACAGAAAGACAAGUAAAUAUCACGGUGAAGAAAAUAGAGAUCAAAUGGUGGGACAGACUGACAAAACAGGAAAAGAAACCAAUAUUCUUAGUUCCUGAUUUUGACCGAUGGCUGGAUGAGUCUGAUGCUGAAACAGAACUUAGGGAAAAGGAGGAAUUAGAAGAGAUUAAUAAAAUAAGUUUGGAGUCAAGGGUUCGGAAGAAUUCCUACGUCACCAUGAGGACAGGUUACCUAUUUAUGUAUAACCUGGUGCAGUUUCUGGGCUUUUCUUGGAUCUUUGUCAAUAUGACAGUGAGACUCUUUGUUUUUGGCCAGGAUUCUCUAUUCGAUACAUUUCACGCAGUGGGUGACGUGAUGAACUUUUGUCAGAUACUUGCAAUUGUGGAGGUUAUAAAUCCACUGCUGGGAUUGGUGAAAACUUCAUUGGUGCCUGCAAUAAUCCAGGUACUUGGGAGAAUCAUGAUUCUUUUUGUGGUGAUAGGAAGUCAAGCUGAAAUGCAGAAUAAAGCAGCAGUGUUUGCUGUCUUUUAUCUUUGGAGCAUCAUCGAAAUGUUCAGGUACCCUUACUACAUGCUAUCAUGUAUAGGAACAGAAUGGAAAAUUCUGACGUGGAUCCGAUACACCAUCUGGAUACCUCUUUAUCCACUGGGAGUCAUUGCAGAAGCGGUCUGUGUGGUUCAGUCUAUUCCGCACUUUGAGGAAAAUGGAAGAUUUACUGCCCAGCUGCCCAACCCACUCAACAUCUCAUUCAGCUUCACCUAUUUUCUACAAGUUUAUCUUAUUAUCAUGUUCUUGGGUUUGUUUGUUAAUUUCCGGCACUUGUACAAACAACGUAACAAGCGUCUCCGACCAAGGAAGCACAAGAUAUACUAGAAGAGUUGUGUCUGAGUUGAGAAAGUAUCAUUUUGAUCAGUUCAAUUCACUGUAACCUUGCCUUUAUAUAUAAAAAAUGUAAUUUUUUAGAAAAUGAGAGAAGUCAUGCCAAUGUGUCAGUAAAAUUCCAGUAACCAGUCACCCUUUCACUGCCAUCCUUCUGUGCAGUCACUCUCACCGCAUUGCUGUCUUGCUGCCAGUGUAGGAGGUAUUUCAGAACUAAAUGCAUUCCUUCAUACCAGGAUGACGGGAAACUCCAUAACCCCUAAAUUGCUUUUCAUGUGCAUUGCUGGCCAUAUUCUUCCAUUUUAGAUUAGAAUCCAGCAAUCAACACACUUGCUUGUCAGAAACAAGUGAAUGCCAAACCAACUACAGAACACUGCAGGAAAGUGACAUGUUACUAUCUAAUGGCAGAAAACUACUCUUGCAAGCAUAGGCCCACUGAUCUGCUGGGUUGAAUCUAGAGCUGGAGUGAGUUCCCAAGAGUAAUAACAAGACUCCCAUUCAAGGUAUUAUUCAUUUGGUAUAAAAUAUGGCUUUGAGUAUUCAGCCUGCUUUCCUCCACUAAGAUUAGCAUAUCUCAGUUCGAACAAAUCCAUAGUAAUGUUUAAAGAUGCUUUUCAAGUCCAUUCCAAGUCCUUCGUGGUCUCCUUGGCCAAUAACUUUCACAGCAACAUCUCUAGUUCCAUUGGGACUGAAUGUUUUCAAACUUUGACAGCAUUCUUGAAAUGCAAGAACUGGGUGGUCUUUAAUUAUUCAAAACGGGCUUGUGUAAUUUCCUUGAUUCCCCUUCUUUUUGCCUUGCACUGUUUCACACCUCUGAUGCUGACUUCUAGUUUCUGUGGCCACUGCAGAAUCAUUUUUAAUCAUCACAGUGGCUUUGACAGGGCCCAUCUUAGCAGGAGCUCCAAUUACAGGUACAAAUCUGGUGCGCUGGCAGUGCCGUCACAGGUGUUUUUUUUAAUUCAUUAACUUAGUCGUUCUGAAGACAGCUUUAGAAGGCUUUAAUGUGUAGGAAGGAACUGUAGAUGCUGGUUUAAACCGAAGAUAGACAUAAAAAGCUGGAGUAACUCAUCUUGGGCACAGAUGCGGCCUAGGCGGAGGAAUUGGGAGUGGGGGAUCGAGUCUUUGUAGGAGGCAGGGUGGGAAGAAGUGUAGUCUGUAGUCAAGGUAGCUGUGAGAGUCAGUAGGUUUAGAAUUCAUGCCAAUUGAUAGUCUAUCUCCUGUGAUGGAGAUGGGAAAGGGAAACAAGAGACAUAGAUGGUGAUAUAGAUAUAGAACAACUGAAUGAGAAAUAUGCAAAAAAGCAACGAUGAUAAAGGAAACGGGCCAAUGUUAGCUGUAAACUAGGUGAAAAUGAGUGGCAGACAAUGAAAUUCACCAGGAUGACGGUAAAACUAGUAUAAUGACUAGGGUAGGACAGAGAGAACGGGGAUGCAAGGGUUACUUGAAGUUAUCUUGAAAGUAGGUCAGCAGGAAUUGGACCACGGGGGAUAGGAUAGUCGAGUUAUGUGGAAAUGAUUUCAGUGGGGCAGGAGCAGGCAGAAACAAUGGGUCUGCCAGGGAAGUUGUGUUUAUGGAUUUUUGGUAGAAGGUAAAACUGGGUGGGGCUGCAGAACAAUAAGGUUGGAGGCUGUGGCGAGCAGUCAGCUGGAAGUGAUAAAAUUGGAGAUAGUCAUCAAAAUGAUGGCCUCGCAGAUGAUGGCUUCAUCUGUGAGGUCUUGGUCCAAGGGUAAGUAGGAGGAGGUGUCCGAGAGCUGGCGUUUGGCCUCGGCCCAGUAGAGGUCAGCUCGCCAGACUACCACGGCAUCUACCAUCGGCGGUUUUCCUGGGGUCGGGGUUGCUGCAGAGUAAGCAGAGGACUAUACGUUCAUAGGGGGUGAGGUUAUAGGUAAGUGGAGUGGAAAGAUUGAGACACUGUCUAUAGCUCUCGUUUUCCUUUCCCCUGACUCUGUCUGAAGAAGGUUCUCGACCUAAAACGUCACCUAUUUUCUCCAGAGAUGCUGCCUGACCCGCUGAGUUACUCCAGCUUGUUUUUUUGCAGAUGCAAUUCUCCAGUGAUUUUUGCUGUUACUUAAUUUUGCUUUGGAGACUUUGUUGAGAAACACCAGAUCAAUCUCUUGUAAAUGGAGUCAGCAGCAAGACAAGGCAGCUCUUGCAGAAGGCUUGUGGUGGUUAGCACAUUAUAUGCUCAGUCCCAUCAUCUUAUAAUGCUCUGCAAAGCAUUUGGAUACUAACUCCAUGGCACGUGUGAUGAAAAUGAUACAAUGAUAGCUGAUAAGGAGAGAUUGGACAAACUUGAAUUGUUUUCUCGGGAGCAUCAGAGACUAAGGGGUGAACUGAUAGAUGUGCAUCAAAUUAUGAGAGGCAUAGAUAGAAUAAGGUAACCUUUUAUCCAGGUGGAAAUGUCAGAAACUAGGGCGAAGAGCUUUAUGAUCAGAGGGGAAACGUUUAAAGAUUUGUGAUGCCUAUUGUUUUUUACACAGAGAGGUAGGUGUCUGGAACGCACUGCUGGGGAGGGGGAGUGGGCAGUAUGAGCGAGCGGGCGGUGUGAGUUGCUGGUGGACCAGAUGUGAUGGUGACAUUUAAGAGGCAUUUAGGCAGACACAUGAACAUGCAAAGAAUGAAGGUGAUAUGGAAUAUGUGCAGGCAGAUGGCGUUAGUUUAAUUUGGCAUCAUGUUCAGCACAGACAUCUAUACCAAUGUUCAUCUGCAGUACUAUUCCAUGUUCAUUCCAACAAAAAUACUCCUGUCCAGACAUUUAAUUUUUCCUUUAACAAAUGCCUUUCUGAGCAAACCCACAAAUUAAAGGGAGAAAUUGAUUAAUGACAAAUUAUCUUUUACUUAGAACAAAAUAUAAUUUUUUCCUUUGUAAAACAGCUGAUACUGACAAAUGAUCUGCUACUUCAGGAUUUAACGGAAAACAGGAGCUGUAUGUGUCUUUGUGCCCUUUUCCUCCUCCACACCACAUCAAUAAAGGGUGUGAGUAAUUGUAUCUCAGUGAAUAGUGGAUAUCUUUAUGCAGAUAACUUUUUUCAGCCUUACUGGAAUUGUGAAAUUAAUUUUGAGUGUGGUUUUAAUCUCCAUUCUUCCAACCCCUGCUCCUGAACCACCCCUCCCCCCAUGGUUUCAGGAUUGGUUCACUGCAGCCUCCCACUUCCCAUCCCCUCUAUUACGCCUGUCAACAUUGGAUACAAAUUUACACUGACAUUCAGCCACUCAGAUUCAUGCUUAUGAAUAUUGCUGUCAUGAAGCUAAUUAGAAAGACGGUUCCUAUUAAUCUCUAAUUAAAUAUAAUAAUGGUACAUUAAUCUGCUUUAUAGCACAGUACACUGGCAAAUCAAUUCGCAAGAGAUGCCAGGAGAGAUCAUCUGUUUGAGUAAAGCCCCCUAAAUUGAAAUAGUCUGAAAGACAUUUGAUCAUUUACAAUAUGCAAGCUGUUAAAUCUGCAGUUUUCUUACAUUACAAAAAUCUGCCCUUAGAUAUGCUUUUCAAAGCAGACAAUUUCAUUGCAGCACCAUGUGGCUUAGUCAAAUAUUUAUUGUUGGUGAAGCAUUUGGAGGAAGUAGGCUUUCCUGUGGGAUAGAUAGAGCACAGAUGGAAUUGUAAUUCAAAAAAACUGAAAAUCAGUUUUAAUUAUGGUUCCAUUUACAUUGUCUCGCAAAACGCAGUUUAAAUGCCGUACUUGAGGCUCAAAUCAUGCAGCUUCCAAUGUAGUCCCAACUUAGUUGCCAUUCCUCCACUCUAGUACAUUGCAAAUCUCAUGUAUCACUGGUUCCAUUUAUGAGUAUCUAACUCUGUUGUGGAUUAUAUAAAUUGGCAAAAGGUUUAUAAUUGUUACAAACUAGAUCAGCUAUGUGUACAUAAGUAAAGUCUAGGAGGGAUUUUGGGGUUUUACUUGUCUCAAGGACCAUGGAGAACAAUUCAACAUAUUUUCUCUGGAAUAGAAAUUCAUUCUGUAUCUCUAUUGCCUUUGGUGGUGGUUUUUUGAGGUGACAUUUGUCAUCUUGCAGAUUAUUUCUGUAGCAGUGCUGAGCAGAUGAGACUUGACGUGUUACUACUGUGUUAUAGAUGUACAGCACAGAAACAAGCCCUUUGGCCCAUCUAGUCCAUUCUGACCAUGAAACACCUAGUUAUGUUAAUUCUCUCUCAUUCUGCCUACAUUCUCUGCUCUCGUCACACUCACUCUCUCUCGAAUUAAACCUAGGUUUUAAAUUAAGUGUAAUCUACACUCUGACAUGGGAUCAGUCAUGGUAUGUGCUUCAGAUAUGAUGUGAAUUAUUUAUGUGCUUUGUUUCCGUCAUUGAAUCAAAUAGAUAUAACUGCGUGUACAACAUUAUUUGAACUGCACUGAAAUCUAUUUUAUACAUUAAAAAUAAUUUUAUUGCUUAUUGA